ACUAAGGGAAGCCAAGGAAUUUCAGUCUCCAUCUCUAUUUUUCCCGCCAUGGAAGUGGACUCGCAAAAGCUGCCGCGGAGAAAACAGUCUACUUACCUCUCAUUAGAUGAGAAUUUCGAGAUUCAGAAGGAAGUUUAUGGAGGCCAACAGUACAGUCAAAUUUACUUUGCUCGUCUCCACAUUAUGAUAACUUUGCUCUAUUCUCUUGUUCCCAACUGGAAAUCCCAUCUCCCCGUUUUAGAGCUUGAAGAAGGCAAAGAAUGCAUUAUUGUUGGGACCCUUUACAAGCAUAUGAAGCUCAAACCUUGCAUUCUUGAUGAAUACUCUAAGGAGAGAUCUGUUACCCCUCUUGUAAAACCUAAUAAUUUUAUGCAUCAAGAUGAUUAUUUGGUUUUGGAAGAUGAAAGCGGAAGAGUUAAGAUUAGCGGCACUAUACUCUCACCUUCUGUUUAUGUGACAGGUGUUGUUGUUGCAUUGCAUGGAAAGGAAACCAGUGCAGGAGACUUCUUUGUUGAAGAUGUUCUGGAAGCUGGCCUACCACCUCAGAUCCAACAACCACUCAAAUCAAGAGAAGACAAAUAUGUUGUUUUUGUUUCUGGGCUUAGCAUUGGAAGCAGAUCUUCUAAUCCCCUUCAAUUUCAGCUUCUUGUUGAUCAUAUAACAGGGCAUCUGGGAGAUGAGAAGGAACAAGGCCUCACAGUAGAGAUAGUUCAUCUUCUGAGUGCUGGGAACUCUCUUGAAAUUUCACGUGGACUUCUUAGUGGCCAGAAUUUAGCUUCAAAGGACCAGUCGAGGUUGUCAGAGUCAAUUAAGGAGCUGGAUAUCUUUUUGACUCAGAUUGCAGCAAGUUUGCUGUUCGAUAUCAUGCCUGGAUCUACUGACCCCGCAAAUUUUUCCUUACCCCAGCAGCCUUUGAAAGGGUCAGCAUCUUAUAGCACUUUUAGGUCCUGUACUAAUCCUCAUUGCUUUGAGCUUGACAACAUCAGAUUUCUUGGAACAUCAGGUCAGAACAUAGAUGAUCUUGCUAAGUAUUCAGAGGCAAAGGAUAAACUUGACUUUUUGGAAAGGACAUUAAGAUGGAGGCAUCUGGCACCAACAGCACCUAAUACCCUUGGAUGUUACCCUUUCACGGAUCGGGAUCCCUUCCUAAUUGAUAGUUGUCCUCAUGUUUACUUUGUUGGUAAUCAGGAAAAAUAUGAAACUCAUUUAUUAAAAGGAAUGGAAGGGCAAUUGUUAAGACUUAUUUGCAUUCCUAGAUUCUGCGAAACAGGAGUUGCUGUUGUGCUCAACAUGAGAAAUCUUGAAUGCCGCACUCUUACUUUUGGGGCCCAAUUCAGCUCAUAACAUGGUAUGGAGUUUAAAUACCAAAUAGC